AUGGAUUUCAAUAUUGGAGGCUGUCCUCUGCCUCUGGUAGCUCCAGGACUCCGAGAAAUCCUUAAGGAACUUGGAGUUAGUCGUUCUACCCUGAAACGUAGAUGUCGAGAUUUGGGUAUAAAAAGAUGGGCAUGGCACAAGAGAAACAAGGUGGUUAGGCCUAAUAGAUCUCUUGAGGUUGGUGGUGAAGUUGUCCAAGACUCUGAGACUGGACACCCUAAUGAUGCUACCAGUCAACCUUACACCUUCAUUGUUAGGGCGACAUACGGAGACGACACUGUCAAGUUUCAGUUAUGCAGUAACUCAAGGUUUGAGGACUUGGUUAUGGAGUUGCACGAAAGAUUCAAACUAGAAGUCGGGAGGUUCAAAAUAAAGUAUGAAGACAAUGACGGUGAUUGGAUUCUGAUUGAUAAUUUGAAAUCAGUUGGCCAAACUGUUACGACUUAG